AUGUUGGCUAAUUUUAUCAUGGAAAUCAAAAGAGCCAUAAUAGAAUAACUACAAUAAGAUGAAUUUGAAUCAUAUAUACAAUAAUUAGUUGGGUGUUGACAAAUAUAUUAAAAAAGAAUAAGAAUAAGAAUAUGGUCUCCAAAUUAUAACCAGCUUGCAUGUUGUUGAUAAGAAGCUAUAUGUAUCCCUCUCAUUGUUCAGCACACACGCAAACACACACACAUACAAAGUGUCAAAGACAGCUAGCACAAGUAUCGGCAAAUAUAAUUAAGCUGGAGAUCGAUAUAUACAUAUACUCAUGAGUAAAUAAUUAGCUGAGAGAGAGAAGAAAAAGAAAAUGGGUAGAAUAGAGGAGGUAGAGGGCGGAGCAAGUAGUCAUCACCAUAAUAAUAAUAAUAAUAAUAAUAAUAAUGAAGACGAAGAAGAAGAUCUUUACGCGCCACCUCCUCCGACGAUCAUUACUAAUGAAAAGUCAAAGCUGCCACCAACUGGAAAACCAGCUGAAGCCUUUCCUCCUCCGGUUGAGCAAUUUCCACCUGUUCACCAUGACGACGAUGAGGAUCAUCAUCAUAGUCAUUUUUCAUCUUCAGCUCCUCAACCAUUUCCACCUCUUCAUCACCAUGAUGAUGAUGAUGUUCAUCAAUUUUCACCCCCACACCAAUUCCCUCCGCCCCCUGAAAUUUUUGAUAUUAAUAAUAAUUAUCAUCAUCAUCAACCGGAAAGUGUGGAUCCCUUUUAUUCAGAACAUCAGCCGCCGCCACCCUUUCCUGUUGUUCAACCUGUUCCUGGAGGAGUGACCAUGCCAGCUCGGCCCGGAUUUGGAACAUCGCCUGCUCCUCCAGUAUUUACACCUCCGAUACCCGACCACGAAUGGAAGACUCAUCUCUUCGGUUGCAUGACCGAUCCCCCAACCGCUAUCAUUACCUUGUGUUUCCCGUGCGUAACGUUUGGGCAGAUUGCUGAAAUAUUGGACGCUGGGAGAACAUCAUGCGGGACGAGCGGGAUGCUGUACGUGCUGAUAACGGUUUGUAUAGCGAUGCCGUGUUUGAUGUCAUGCAGUUAUAGGACCAAAAUGAGAGCUAAGUUUGGGCUGAUUGAAUCCCCAGCUCCAGACUGCCUUGUUCACUGCUUCUGCGGAUACUGUGCUCUCUGUCAGGAAUACAGAGAGCUUACCGAAAGGGGCAUUGACCCCUCUAUUGGAUAUUAUGGGAAUGUGGCAAAAUUGCGGAGGCAGCAGCAGCAAAUGGGUAUGGCAGCUCCAAUGCCGCAAAAGAUGAUUUAGUUGCAUUUUUAAUGAAUUGUUCAUAUGAUCUUUUCGUUUUUAACAAUGUCAAACUUCAUUUCUCGUUUUUUUUUUUCUUCUCCGUAAGAUGUCGAAUAAACUAGCUUUCGCUAGUAAUUUGUUGGUUCUGUACUGUUUGCCAAAUUUGUAUUGCUUGCCAAGAUAAGAGCUUGCUUCUUUUUGGAGCUAGAAUGUUUUAUUUUCCA